AUGACACUUGAUGAUAGUCAGUGCGACAAUGACGACCUUCAUGUCAAGCAACACAUGGCUAAAGCUGUCAUUGAGCUGCUGGUCACCAGUGGUAUCUCAGUGACUCGGGAGAAGAGCUGUGGUGGUAACCAAGUUGAUAGUGUCUCUCUAGAAGCUUUGCAGUCUGCUCACAUCACCAGUUGCUAUCGCCUCACUUAUGAGGUUGAACCCAUGCUUCCAGCUAUAUCGUCUCUCUGUCCAAGCCAACGAUACGAUGUGACUGAGCGGCCUGCUCAGGAAAGUUCUGCUCCUAGACGCAAGCCACGUACUACCCUAGCAGAUGGUUAUCAAACGGUGCCUCAACUUCCAGGUCACUUUCUUGUUCUGAUCCACCGUCUAGCAAACGGUGAGGCCCGGCUAAAACCCGGGGUUACCCCCACCGGAGCUCCGGGAGAUGCAAUCUUUGAUCAUAUGAGAGCCAUUGCUUCUAACUCUGAUGGGGUUCAUACACCUGAUCAGCGUAGCGCGCCGUCGCUUCGCAGUAUGAUGGGUAACCUUACCGGGCCUGUGUUCCCGCCUUCCCCGCUUCUUGUCAUCUCGACGCUUCCCCGGAACUUCACCUCCUCAUUCAAGGAAUGUGGCGAUGAAGCUGGUCAGCAGCAUGCCCGUCGUGGCGUUGGUAACACCGUGACGCAGGCAGCGAUGCGGCCAUAG